UCUGGAGGCUUCUACAGUGCAGAGGAUGCAGACUCUGUCCCAGCAUCAGGGGGACCAGAAAAGCGAGAGGGAGCUUUCUGUGUCUGGACAGCCUCAGAAGUUCGGGAGCUGUUGCCACAUGUGGUUGAGGGCGCCACAGGAGCUGCAACUCAGGCUGACAUCUUCAUGCACCACUAUGGGGUCAAGGAGCAAGGAAAUGUUACUCCAGAACAGGACCCCCACGGGGAGCUGCAGGGCCAGAAUGUGCUGAUCGUGCGAUAUUCAGUAGAGUUGACGGCUGCUCGCUUUGGCAUCGGUGUCGAGAAAGUCAAUGAGCUCCUGGCGGUCGCCCGAGCCAAAAUGGCAGAAGUGAGGAAGAGUCGGCCACGCCCACAUCUGGACACCAAGAUGCUGGCCUCCUGGAAUGGUAAAGUCCAGAUGAGUUCACAUUCAAAUGAGGGCU